AUGGCAAGAAUUGCAGAGGGCUUGCCGAUGGCUGGCUCGACGACUACUAUUACGACGCAGAGAAAGAAGAAGCCUAUUGAGGCGAAGGCGCUGACGACGGAGGUUCAGAUGUUGACGGGUGCUGAUGUUUGGGGUCGUGCAGCAUUUGGGAGGUCGUGGCUGCGAUCUCUUGUUGGUGCAUCGCCUCUGUUUCUCGCGCCAAUGGCUUCGAUAUCCAUCUUCAUCACACUGGCCGAAUACGAAGGAUCCCUCUCCCUCUUCGCGGACGCCGUAAAAGAACACGGCUUCUGGACCAUUUGCGCCCAGUACGGUCCUCACCUCACCACCAAAGGCAUCGCCGCAGUAAUCUGCUGGGUCGGGAUCCAAGCCCUUCUGUACUGCCUACUCCCCGGCGAGCAGCACCAAGGCCAAUUGACACCAGCCGGCUAUCUCCUCAGCUACAGAAUCAACGGCCUCUCCGCCUGGAUCGUGACGCAUCUGCUCUACGGAGCUCUCAGCUGGUUGGGGAUUCUGGACCCUGGCUUCAUUCCCCGCAAUUGGAGUAGCUUGAUUGGAGCUAUGAACUUGGCUGGGUUCGUUAUUUCGGCACUUGCGCUCGUCAAAGCGUACGUAAUGCCGACGCACCCAGAAGAUAGGAAGUUCAGCGGGUCGUUCCUAUAUGAUUUCUUCAUGGGCAUUGAGUUGAACCCGAGGUUGGGAGAGAAUUUUGAUCUUAAGCUUUUCAGUAAUGGCAGGGCUGGGAUGAUGGUGUGGACCCUGAUCGACUUUUCGAACAUGGCCUAUCAGUACCAGAAUCAGGGAUAUGUUGAACCUUCGCUUAUCCUUGUCACCGCGUUGCAGACCAUUUACGUAGUCGAUUUUUUCAUUAACGAAUCCUGGUAUUUGCGCACAAUCGACGUCAAAUUCGACCAUUACGGUUUCUAUCUCAGCUGGGGUUGUUUCUGCUUUUUGCCAACAACAUACACCAUUCAAGGCCAAUAUUUGGGCCGUUACCCAUCAUCACCUUCAACACCGUACCUAGCAUUCUUCUUCGCCCUCGGAGUAGCAGGUUACAUCCUCUUCCGCUCCGUGAACCACCAAAAAGAAAUCGUACGACGCACCAGCGGAAAAUGCACCAUCUGGGGUAAACCGGCAGAGUACAUAGUCGCAUCCUUCAGGACCUCCGAUGGCCGGCAGCACAGAAGUCUUCUCCUCUGCAGCGGUUGGUGGGGAUGGUCUCGGCACGCGAAUUACCUGGGCGAUCUGAUUCUUAGCUUCAGCUCUUGUGCGCUGGUGGGUAGUACGAGGGCCGUGGUGUGGACGUACGCGGUUUGGAUGACGGUGUUGCUUGUGCAUCGGUGUAUACGAGAUGAGAAGAGCUGCUCGGUUAAGUAUGGUGCUGCGUGGACUGAGUAUUGCAGACGUGUGCCUUGGCGAUUUAUUCCUGGCGUUUGGUAG